CUGGAGAAUCCUCUUUCGUUGGAUUCAGGCUGUCUUCUGAAUUCUGCGUCGAUUUCUUCAAUCGAAGAAUACGAGACUAGGUGUGGACCUCCGUUCUAUACAUCGUCAUCCGUCCGACUAUACUACCGACAUAGUGUUGUAGAAGCGCCCAUCAUGUUUCCUUCUGAAGGGGAUAUCGCUCGCGCCUUCGCCUCCAAAAGCCCUUUGGGCCAGUCUCAGCAGGCCCAACAGCCGGAAGCUGCGGGCUUGAAGAGACGCCAGCCGUUCCCCGCCUGGAACGUUGUCGAGGACAUCGAAAAGAAGGCCGAUGCUAUCGCUAAGGAAGCGAGCCGAGAGUUCGAAGUUGCGAGUCAGAAAGCUCAAGCCAAAACCGGCAAGAUCGAGCCAUGGACUCCCAAGUACUAUGCUGCUUGCACGGUUGGAGGAAUGCUUGCUUGCGGUCUCACCCACACCGCUGUGACGCCUCUUGAUUUGAUCAAAUGCCGCCGUCAGGUCGAUCCUCUGCUGUACAAGAGUAAUGCAGAGGCAUUCCGUACAAUUCGCGGUGCAGAGGGUCUCCGCGGAGUUUUCACCGGUUGGGGUCCCACUUUUUUUGGAUACAGUGCCCAAGGAGCGUUCAAAUAUGGUGGUUAUGAGUUCUUCAAGAAGUUUUACAGCGACCUUGUCGGGGCUGAGAACGCAGCACGGUGGAAGACUUCUCUGUACUUGACCGCCAGUGCGUCGGCGGAGCUUAUCGCUGAUGUCGCCCUGUGUCCGUUCGAGGCCGUCAAGGUGCGCAUGCAGACGACUAUCCCACCUGAUAUUCGAUCAACAUUUACUGGUAUCUCUAGCGUGGUUAAUAAGGAAGGUGUGGCCGGCCUGUACAAGGGUCUCUACCCUCUCUGGGGUCGACAGAUCCCUUACACCAUGAUGAAGUUUGCGUCUUUCGAAACGAUUGUCGAGAUGAUCUAUAACUCCCUGCCGGGUCAAAAGUCUGACUACAACAAGGGUGCGCAGACCGCCGUUGCCUUCACCGGUGGUUACCUGGCUGGUAUCCUUUGCGCCGUCGUGUCGCACCCAGCAGAUGUCAUGGUCAGUAAGUUAAAUGCGAACCGUCAGGCCGGAGAGGCAUUUGGAGCAGCGAUGAGCCGGAUCUACAAGGACAUUGGCUUUGGAGGUCUCUGGAAUGGUCUUCCCGUCCGUAUCGUCAUGAUCGGCACCUUGACUGGACUGCAGUGGAUGAUUUACGAUUCGUUCAAGAUCUUCAUGGGUCUUCCCACGACUGGCGGUGGCCCUCCUGCAGAGAAGAAGUAAUAUGGAAAUGAUUGUCCCGCCGGGAGCUUAGAUCCUUGUCUAACACGAAGGGCCGGACACUCUGUAGAAUGUAGAAUACAGUGGCCGUAGUAUCGAGGCGGGGUGCGGGGUUGUACCGUACCUGAUUUCGUGCAGCUUUCUUCCGAUUUAAUUGAGUGGGUAAUUUACUUACUAGUUUUCUUCGUGCAAUGGUGAACCACUUUUGUCUUUUCAUGAACCACAUUUAAUUGAACCCUGAGCCGAGGCCGGUGAUAAAAGCAGCUGAACUGAUAACCCUUAACUGGUAGAGAUAACAUGAAGCUACUCAUUUCUUAGUAAACAAUUGGCGGGCCCCAAAGUCGUUAGU